AUGGUGGACGCCAUGUGGUUCUGGUUCUGGCUCGCCGGCACCAACUUCAACCGGACCGGUGAUUUCGCCGUGCCCGUGGUCCUGGACUGGGCCAUCAGUGACGCUCCGAGCUGCGCGGCGGCGCGGCGAGAUCCCACCGCGUACGCGUGCCGGAGCGCGCAGAGCGUCUGCCUCGAGUCCAGCAACGGCCCCGGGUACACCUGCAACUGCACCGGCGGGUACGAGGGCAACCCCUACGUCACGAACGGCUGCACAGGUACGGUAUUCAGAUCAUGUCCCAAGGGAUCCAGCGGGAAUGCUACUAUUCCAGACGGCUGCCGCCCUGAUGACAAGUUCACGCUAGCACUCAAGGCUGUCACAGGUGUGAGCAUUGGCGUGUUCCUGCCGCUGGUGUCUUGCUUCUCGGCACACCUGUGGCUCCAGAAGAAGCGGCUGCUCCGAGCAAAGCGGCGCUUCUUCGAGCAGCACGGCGGCCUCCUCCUGCAGCAGCAGCUGGGCUCCCUUGCCAGCUCCGGCGUCACCUUCAAGAUCUUCUCCGAGGAGGAGGUGAGAAAGGCCACCGACGGGUUCGCCGAGGCGCGGGUCCUCGGCCGCGGAGGGCAGGGCGUCGUCUACAAGGGCGUCCUCGCCGACGGCUCCGCCGUGGCCGUCAAGAGGUCGAGGGUCAUGGAGGAGAAGCAGGUCAGCGGGUUCGCCAGGGAGAUGCUCAUCCUCUCCCAGAUCAACCAUCGCAACGUGGUGAAGCUGCUCGGCUGCUGCCUCGAGGUCGAGGCGCCCAUCCUCGUCUACGAGUACGUCCCCAACGGCAGCCUCCACGGCCACAUCCACACCGGCGACGGCGGCAAGAAGCUAGUGCUGCCGGCGGACGCGCGCCUCCGCAUCGCCGCGGAGGCCGCGGACGCGGUCGCGUACAUACAGUCGUCGGCCUCGCCGCCGAUCCUCCACCGCGACGUCAAGACCGCCAACAUCCUGCUCGACGGCGAGGUCAACGCCAAGGUGUCCGACUUCGGCGCUUCGCGGGUGGCGCCGGCGGACGGCGCGGCGGUGGCCGCGCUGGUGCAGGGGACCCUGGGGUACCUGCUGACGUGCCAGCUCACCGGCAAGAGCGACGUGUACAGCUUCGCGGUGGUCGUGCUGGAGCUCCUCACCGGGAGGAAGGCGUUCUGCGCGGAGGACGACAGGGAGGACGGGUGCCUCGCCUUCAGCUUCCUCGCGGCAGCGCAAGCGGGGCAGCACCGGGAGGUUAUGGAUGGCCGGGUCAUGGCGGUGGUCGGGUUGGAGGUGGUAGACGAAGCCGCGGAGCUGGUGGCGCAGUGCCUGAGCUUGAGCAGCGAGGAGAGGCCGACCAUGAAGGAGGUUGCCAACAAGCUUCAAACGCUGACAACGCGCGCAUGCAGCGGCGGCAAAAAUGCAGGAACUAAAACUAAUGGGGUUGCUCACUACUGAUGUUUCUGCAGCUCUGCUUCAUACUGGGAGAU